CAACGAUAGUGACUUCCCUUUUAUAGUAAAAGCGUUACCGGUACGGUAAAGUGUUUUUUGGGUGUUGUCCGGGUAACCUGAAUAUAACGGAGGGGCAGCAGUGACCGAGUCACCAUGGCAGAACUGUAUACCAAGGCUGUGAAGUUUUACGAUGAGACGCUAGGAAAAUAUGAAGAUCCACGUGUUGAGGACUGGUUUAUGAUGUCAUCACCAAUACCCAGCUUUUUGAUCUGUAUGCUCUAUGUGGUCAUCAUUAAGCUGGGCCCAUGGCUUAUGAAAGACAGGGAACCAUUUUGUCUCAGGAAAAUUCUGCUCGUUUACAACUUUGCUAUGGUGUUCCUCUCAACUUUUUGCUUUCUUGAGUAUGGGUUGUCUGGCUGGUUCACCGGAUACUCUUUAGGCUGUCAAGAAGUGGAUUACUCCAAUUCACCAAAGGCUCUAAGGAUGGCUAAUGUGUGUUGGUGGUUUUAUUUUUCCAAGUUCAUUGAACUGCUAGAUACCAUUUUCUUUGUGUUGAGGAAGAAGUUUAAUCAGUGUACAUUUCUACACGUGUUCCAUCACGCCAUCAUGCCAGUUUCCUGGUGGUUUGGGGUGCGGUUUGUCGCAGGAGGUUUUGGCACAUUCCACGCAAUGCUGAACUCUUUUAUACACAUGGUGAUGUACUUUUACUACUUUCUGUCCGCCCUGGGACCAAAAUACCAGAAGUACCUGUGGUGGAAGAGGUACAUGACCAAAAUGCAAAUAAUUCAGUUUCUGGUAGUGACCAUCCAUUCUGUACAGCUGCUAUGGAUGAAAAACUGCAACUACCCUACAGUCUUUGUAUAUUGGAUCCUAUCUUAUGCUCUUAUAUUCCUCAUUAUGUUCGGGAACUUCUACGUUCAAGCAUAUCGGAAGAGUCAUAAAGAUAGCCAUACAGGCAACGGGUCUACUGUAACCAAUGGAAAACAGAAGAAACAUUGAUAACGGUUGUUUUGUAGGGUUUAUUAGUUCACACUUUUGCUUGGCAUCUUAAGGACUUCUUAAGGAAACAAAACUGUGUGUAGUUUUGAUAUCUUCAGGAAAAUAAUAUUUUAUUGUUUGAAUCUUAGGGAAGUAAUGUUUGCUUUUAUUUCCUUUCAAAAUUUUAGUAGAUAAACUGUCUAAAACUAAACCAAACGUUCAAUUUAUGCCAGAUAAAUCUUAUGUUUACGGUCAGGUUCCAAGUUCAGAAUCUACCUACAUACUGGGCAGGUAAAAACAAACACAGUGCCAUAAGAAACAUAAUCUUGUUCUCUUUACACCAAAUGUAUAUGCAAAUCAUAGAGAAAACACCAUACACAUUAAUAUGUCCAUACAACAAUUAAUUGAACUUCUCACGGGGAUUAGAAAAUAACUUGUGGUUCGGGUUACCCGACCCUAGCUAUGAAAAAGAGGCUGACCCUACCGUUUUUAUAGUCCAUCGAUUACAAAAAUACACACCAUAAAACAAAACAAUCUAGAAAAUGUGUGUUUUAAUACCAGUAUGCAGUUUUAAAAAGGUUUUUACUGAAGAUUACUUUUCCCUCAAAGAUGGCAAUAACGAUCAAAUCUACAGACAAGAUGUAACCUUAACUACACAGUUUAUUCUUUUAAUAUAUUUUUACCCCCGUUACACAUUGUGUUAGAGAGCUAUAGGAAAUGAUAUUUUUUGCUUAAUUUAGAUAUUUUGUUAAAUGUUUUUGUUUGUUUUUACCUUUUUAAGGCUUAAAUUGUGGUAUAAACUUAAUUGUUAAGCCGUUACAUUUGCAGCAUGAGCUACAGUCAAACCCCUUUAGCUCGAACUCGCUUGGCUUGAAUUCCUCGUUGGCUUAAACUAGAUGUAGAGGACCGAUUUCUUUAAACUUAAUGUUAUCAAUCCUGCUUUGCUCGAAUUUUCCGAAGCUCCGUGUAAUUUCGCCGGUCCCUGGGAGUUCCAGCCAACAGGGUUCGACUGUAUUUGUAUUCCUGGUUCAGGGCUUACAAAGUAACCAAUCAAUGCUUAGUUUUACAUAUCCUUGAUUUUGUUAAUGAUACAAAGUAGCCAAUAGAUGCCCAGUUCAUUUGGAACACCUCGGCCAUUAUACAUUAAAAAUAACACCUCGGAUGUAUGCCGGUACAUCAAUAGAAGUAGUUUGCAAAGUUUAAAAUAAUAGUUUUAAUUAAUUGUUGUCUUUUUAUGUGUACUAUAUAUUACUAAACUUAAAGAGAUUGUCAGUGAAGUGUAUAAUUGCAUAAAAAUUAAGAUUUUCAUGAUUAAAGUCAUCAAGUUUAACUGCCAAGUUGAAAUAACUACGCGAUUUACUUGCAGCUUAGUUAAAUGUAAAGAUUUCUGACAUUGUAAAAUGUCCAUAUACAUCCAAGGUUGUUUUCGAUGGAAAAUGGCUGAGGUUUUCCGAUUGAUACAAAGGUAGCAGAUCAAUGUUCAGUUUUACAUAUCAUUGAUUUUGUUAAAUAUACAUUUUGACUUCGUUUCAUUUUUGUCAUUAAUGAGGACAUGACAUCAUAUUAUGUGAUCUACUUUCCUGGGACAGUAUCCAAUAACCACCUUUGAUUAGUUUUAAGAGUAGAAUCAGAGUGACUUGAUUGGACUGUAAAAUUAAUUGGCCAAUAGAUUGAAUGGAAUCACUGAGUCAUUUCUAAGGAUAAGGAUAAGAACUAUAUUGGAUACGGCCCCUAAAAACAGAAAAUCUCAAAAUAUCGUAAGCGUAUUUUAACAGGUAUCCAAAUAGCUUGCUUUAACUUGGUGAUGCAAAACAAACAGUUAUGUAUUAUGAUAAUUUUUAAAACAAUUUCAAAACAUUUUUAUUAAAAAAAUUACACAAUUUUCACCAGUACAAAAAUCAUGUGCUGUGCUUAAUAUGUUAUAAGGGACUUGAUAUUGUUGAAAUUGGGGCUGAGUUUCAACGAUAAACAAUAAGCAAAUCAUAGUUCAUUCAUUGCAAAAUAAACAGACUUUACAUGUAUCCCUGCAGGUCGUUCCCACUCUGUUGUUGUAUUGAUAAAACAUUACACUAUAAUGCAUACUUCUGUAAUUUUGUAUUAGUUAGGUUUAAAAUUGUGUUGUAAACUGCAAUGUCAAACUGCUUAAACAUGUUGUAUUAACCCGGUUCUCAUUCAAAAAUUGUUACGAUUUCAUUUCGUUACAAACAUCAAGGCGGCAUGUUGUUAAAUUUUACAGCAUUUUACUCCAUCAUUUUGGCCAAGGCCUGUUGUCUGAUUUUUGUUUUCUUGUAGAGCUUUUGAACAAACUGUUAAUUGACUUGUGUAUUUGAUGCAUAUUUAUUUCAGGGUUGUUAACAUUUACCGUAUAUUAACCAAUAAGAACCAUAUGUAUAUGUAUUUCUUGUUCAAAUAUUCUAAGUUGUUGGUUUUAUUAUUGGAUACAUAAACAAAGAAUUUCAAGCAUAAAUAGAUUUUGAGAAGCUGAAACGCCCUUGUUUUCAUACAUUGAAACCAAUGAAAAUAUGAAACUAUUUAUUUUAUGAUUUCGAAUGGCUUAUAGAGAUUUAUCAGUGAAACAAAAAAUGAUAUUUCACUGUUUCUAACAGUGAAAAUAUCAAUUUGAUUUUUCAUUUUUAUUGUGUUUUGGCAAUGGGCUAACAUCAGGAUUGAAAAUAAGUUUAAAUUGAUCGGGCAAAUUUGAUAAAUAUUCAAUUAUGUUUAUCCAAUUCGUAAGUUCAUUAAAAUAUUUUUUUAAAGUGAACUAAACUAGGAAUGAAAUAAAAGCAAAUUUUAUGUUGUAUUUUUGUUAUCAUGAAGUAUUUUUUCAAUGAUAAUAUUUAGUGUUUUAGCUCACCACAUAGUUUAUGUUGUUGUUCUUCCUUAUUUUUCUGUUUUUCUGUUUAUAGAGAAUAAAACCACAUAUCAAGUCUGUAAUUAUGCAAUCGAUCAUCGGCAACCUCUGUCAUAACCGAUUGAGAUUUUACGAUACCUGAUCACCUGUUUUAUUCCUUAGCUUUUUUAAGUUUGUAUUGUUUGGCUUUCGUAUCAAAACAAAUGUAUUGCAUUUAGAAUAAUUACAUGUAUUUUUCGUUACAUUUAAAAGUUGGUGAAAUGUUGUGGAAAAGAAUGUGUUUUCAGAAAAACAGACUUGAACUUCCCAUUAUUAAAAAAAAUGUGGGAUAGGUGCUUUAAUAUAAUGCUCGUUAUUCUCUUUAAUAUUUUUUUUUCUUAGCAAAAGUUGUUAUGUGUCAAUCUAUGACAGUGGCCCUUUUAACUUACCGGAACACCAUUAUGUUAUAAACAUGUGUUUAGUGUUAUUUUUUCUUUCUAACCAAAGUCACUGUUUUAAUUUUUUCUUCAAAGGCGUACCACUUGUCUUAUAUAUUUGAAGCAUUAUACUAUGUUUGUGUUUAGUUGUAGUCUUAUUCUUACUAUCACCGAGUGAAGUAAGUUUUUCACGCAAACUUCAGCCAUACCAAAUUGUUCCUAUGUUUAGCAUUCAGAAUCAAAUUCAAAACCUUCUUACCUGGCAUGAAACUCAGAGAAAUCACAUACCUGCUGGUGCAUUAUCAUUAUAGAUUAUGGCUCGGCAGAAAUGUCUAUUUUAGUCUUCCAAAUUAGACUCCAUCUUGGAAUCCACACUCUUUUUGCACUGAAAUUAUCUGGCCUUUUAAGCUCUUUCUUCAUUUCUUAAACUAGGAUACCCAUUUUAAAACAAUAAGGUUUCGAAAAGCCAUAACUACCUACACAUUAUCUACAUCUGUUGUUUUUUUCUAAUGCGCUUUUACCAAGUAAGCUGCGAAUCUUGCAAUUUGCUCUUUGUUCUUCUCAAUUAUUUUUGGCACAUCGUGACAUAUUACAGUCCAUAUGAAAUGGUAUUUUGCUUUUAAUAUCUCAUUAAACUACAGUGGAACCCAGUUGACUUAAACUCCCAGGGACCUAUGAAAAUACCUCGAGCCUCUGGGAAAGAUGAGCCAAGCAGGAAUGCUAACCUUCAGUAGAAAGGAAUCUUACCUUUACAUCCAGUUUGAGCCAAAGAGGAAAUCAAGCCAAUUAAGUUCGAGCCAAAGGGAUUCAAUUGUUCUUGUGCAUAAAGAAAAGGUGUUAAAAUUGGAUAGACUUAUAGGUAAAUCAAAACUCUUUCCUGUGUGAGAAGAUGCACAAGGAAACCAUGAUUAAACAGUUAUGAUGUUUCUACUAAUUAAAGGAUCCUGAAAGUAUUUAUUUCAUGAGUAUUCUUAUAGUAUUGAACAUUCUAAUAGUAUUAAACAUUCAUCAGAAUGUAUUUCAAAUAUUUCUCUGAAUGGGCAUUACAUUUACAAGUGCAGAUUUAACCCUUUGCAUGCUGGGUAAAUUGUCGUCUGCUCAAAAAUGUCAUCUGGUUUAUUCUAAAUUUCUUUCAAUUUACUUAAAACUUUGGGGAUAUAUUGACUGAGUGGCAAACAGCUUGGAACCUGACCAGACGCCGAGUUACUCGGCGUCUGGUCUGGUUCCAAGCUGUUUGCAAAGCCUUUAAAAUCGCCAUCAGCAGCCUAAGGGUUAAUCCACAUUUUGACAUAAUUUCAAUGUAUAUUAUUCUCUAUGUGUACGUUUGUGUGUUUAUUGAAAGAAAACAAAAAUGAGGCACUGUCAUAGCCUUUGUGUCUUCUUCAAGGAAAAAAUAACAUUGGCCAUUAUAACAUUGGCCAUUAUAACAUUGGCCAUUAUAACAUUGGCCAUUAUAACAUUGGCCAUUAUAACAUUGGCCAUUAUAACAUUGGCCAUUAUAACAUUGGCCAUUAGGGGAACCUUCAAGAUAUUCACACGAAAUCUUGAACACAUGUUACCAGCGACAAUAGCCAUAUGGUGUAGCUAGCAAGGCCCAUAACUCUGGAUCCCGCUUCAAUAAGAUAUCUUUUAUGAUAAUUGUAAAUCUGCUUACUGCUUAAGAGUGCUUAGGUACACCAGUAAAGUUACAUGCGGAAUCUAUGCGAUUUAUAUUCUUACGACAUUUUUAUUCAAACACAGUUUCUGCCAAAAUUGAGGUUAUGGCUGGAAAUUUGAACUUGACCCUUAUGAUCUUAUUGAAAUGGGGCCCUGACUUUUAUCAUUCUCAAGUUAUGCCCAUGAUCCAUUGAGAAAAACAGAUUAGCAUCAGCAACCAUUUGUGGUACUCUUUGUUUUGUAAUAAAAUUUACAGCUUAUAUAUAAUGCAACACCAAGUAAAUAGGUUUGAGAAAAGUUUCUGUUUGAAUAAGUGUUUAGCCUUAGUACCUUUGUAUGGUUCAACCCCAUUUGAGGCAGGCAUACCCAGAGGAUUUAGCAAAACUUCUAAUUUUGUGGUUCAAAUCUAUCCCCUGGAGUGGGGAAACUUGUCAAAAUCAGAUGUCAGUUUCAGGUAUCAAAAACCCUUUUAAAAAGAAACCUGGCCAAGUUUAUUUCUUUGGUGGCAGUCUCUUUGGGCCUGUCAAAAUCACUUCUGUCAGAGACAACCAGUUGUUUAAAGUUGCCUCAAGCAUGCCACCCCAUUGGGGAAAACUUAGGUAGAUGCAUAAGAUUACAUUAACCACAAAUACAUACAAACCUUGCUGUAGUAUGUUUAUUCAAUGUGUGACAAUGUUCAAAUAUGUAUGCUCCUAUUUUUAUACACAUGCGAAUAUAAAGCAAAUUAUUCACCAUUUAGUGUGAGAUAAAAUGCCUUAGUAUACUGUUAUGUACAUGUACCUUAGUAUUAAUGCAUAAUUUAUUAUUUUAUAACUUAAGUAUUUUUCUUGCUUUUUUUCAAAAAUAUAUGUUUCAUGCCUGUUAUCUUGUUGGUGUGUAAGAAGAAAAAGUAUAGUUAUUGUCAAAGUGUUGGUGUCAUUGUCGCUGUAGUUGGUGGUGUUGUCUCAGUGUACAAAGAUCUAUCUCUUGGCCAUAGCUAAAAAAAGACAUCAAAAUAUUAGAAAUAAAACUUGGUACAAGUGUUGCCAUCAAGGCCCAUAACUCAGGGUAAGAAAUGAACAAACGUACGUGUAAGACUAUUGAAAGACCAGAAUCAACAGAAGAGUUAUGAGAUUGCAUGGAAUUUCUGCAAUUUUGAUUUUUAUGAUUUUGAAAAUUGUUAGUUGUUAAUGUUUCUCAUGUAAAACUAAACUUAUCAUUUUAUCGAGCCAUAGACGAUUAUGUUCAAUAUGGGUGCCUGGUGACCUUGUAUGAUUUUGGUAUCAUUUGAAAGGGUGUUGCUUGAUGACUACUAAUAUGUAAAAUAAGUAUUUACUGAAAUUACGUUGUUUACAAGUUAUGACAGUUAGUCUUUACCAGUAAUUGAACUGAAAUUUGACUGGAAUAUGGUAAUAUCCCAAGUACAAAAAAACUUUUGCAAUAAUUGUUUCGGUACUAUUUUAACAUAUUCUUUCCCCUGUUUGUAAAAUGCUUUCAGAUAAUGCCAAAAUAGCACAGGGUCACUAUGUAACAACAAAUCACAUGAUUGUCCAUAGGAUUCUUUAAGAUGUUAGAAUGUUUUGAAUCAUACAGAUCAACUUAAAUGUUAUGAUAUUCAAUUUUACGUAUUAACCUUAUUUUGUACUUCUUUUUUGAUUAUGUUGUUAUUUCCCAAUGAAUAAAAGCUUUUGUAGUGAA